UGUUGUACGCCAUUUGUGUCAGUGAAAGAUUUGAGCUCAGUGCAGAUGGUGAAGUGAUUCAGAAAAUAUCAGAAGAAUCCUGUGUGUUGUAAGACUGAAUUAAGAUGAGUGCGGGAAUGCCCGAACUUGGAAGUAAAAUAAGUCUGAUAUCGAAAGCAGAUAUCCGCUAUGAAGGGCGAUUAUUUACUGUGGAUCCUCAGGAAUGUACAAUUGCUUUAUCAAAUGUUCGUUCCUUUGGUACGGAGGAUCGUGAGACGCAGUAUCCUAUAGCACCACAGAAUCAGGUCUAUGACUACAUUUUGUUCAGGGGUUCUGAUAUAAAGGAUAUAAGAGUUGUGAACAAUGUAGGACCUUUACAGAAUGUACCGAAUGAUCCAGCAAUUGUACAGUUGUCUGUUCCAGCUGGUCUUGGUUCAUCAGCCUAUCAUCAAGCUGGAGGUUUUUCGCACCCAGUUCUUGGGCCUAUGGGUCCCGGGUUAACUCCGUACCCAGGUGCAUAUGGUGCGAUGGGAGCUAUGACAGGUCUUCCAAGUGCUGUUGCCCCAGGAAUGAGCUUGCACAGAGAUCCUCGUUCCUUAUCAAAGCAGCCAAGUGAGUUGGUUAAUCCAGUCCAAGUGCCAGAAAAUUCAACUAACAAAGACCAAGGUGCGAGAAAUGACCUGAUUGGAGGAUCAUCACGUUCUGCUACACCGUCACUGGUUACUCGUAAGUCUCCUACAAUGGACCAGGGUGUACAGGUGAACCAGCCAGUUUCAACUCCAAUCAAAGAUGACAAGAAACCACAGCAGCAGUUGCCACCACAGACACGGCAGAUUCAGACACCUUACUCAGCCAGAGAUGGUCCUGUAAGCAGAAGUACUGGUAGUCAGCAGCAACAGUACCAUCCCCAGCCUCAACGGGAACAGCGAGAGAGAGAACCUGUACACUCAAAGGAACCGCAGUCUCGUGACCAACAACCAGCUCCUCUUCCUCAGCGGACUUCACAACAACAGCAGCAGCAGCAGCACCACCAGCAGCAGCAAACACCAGGGCGUGGUGGUUGGGUGAACCGUGGUGGAAUGCGGCGUGGAAGAGGUCGGGGUGGACCCUCAAGUGGUGGUUUUAACAGGCCACCAGGCUCUGGGCAGCAGCAGACUGGUACUGGUGGCAAGCCCAAGAACACUCUCAAGUUUGAGAAUGACUUUGACUUUGAACAGGCGAAUAAGGAAUUUGAUACCCUCAGAAAUCAACUGGCUAAAACAAAAAUUGACUCAGAACCUGUUAUUACAGGUGAUGGGAAAGUGAAUGAUGACAAUGAGAAGAAAGAUGACUCUGGAAAUGAAACUGGUGCAGGAGAGGGUGAACAAGAGGAGGAGCAACAAAUCUUCUACGAUAAAACUAAGUCCUUCUUCGACAAUAUUAGCUGUGAGGCUGUGGAGAGGAGCAAGGGGCGGUCUCAGCGAACAGAUUGGAGGACAGAGCGAAAGUUGAACUCUGAGACAUUUGGUGUUGCAUCUGCACGCCGUGGAGGAUAUCGAGGAAGAGGUUACUAUGGUAACCGUGGUAUGGGUGGAGGUAUGUACAGAGGUGGGAACUAUCGAGGUGGCUACAGAAGCCAAGGUGUGCAACGAGGUGGGAGAACCAGUAAUACUAGUGGAAACACUGGAGGAUCAACAGGCAACCCCCAGCAACGUGUUGUCACUCAGCAGAAUAAAUAGGUGUUAAGAGAGAGCUGACCCAGGAGUGUUACAAGGCAAGAAGCAGCCAGUGUUUCACUGAACUGUCUUCAGAAUUGUUUAUCAUCAUUUGUAUUGCUAAAGUGAUUUAGAACUUGAAGCCAUCCCUCACACAGCAUAGGAUUGUUACUUGAGUGAGGUGACUUUUAUUUGAAGUUGAAAGCUUGGUUUUUUUAGUUUACUGUUUGUGGCAUCAAGAGACUGAUGAAGAAAAUAGGUGUGGUUCUGUAGAGGGAUGUACCUGUUGGUUCAGAGUGAAGUUGUGUUGAGAUGUAUCUGGGUGAAAAUUGAAGGAAGUUUCUUACUUUGGAGCUUGGAUUCAGAUUGCUAAAAAAGCUGAGAAAAACAUAAACCUUGAAGCUGCAUGAAAAUAGUGAUGAGGGAAUGCAUUGCCACAAUUAACUCUUAAGUUGUGUUAGUAUAGUUUGAUUGGAUAUUUCUGUUGCCUUGUGCAAUUCGGUUCUGGUGUUAAGCUGUGUUUUCCCAGUAAAGGCUUUCAAGCCUACUUUGAGAGACUGAUGUGUGAAUGUAUGUAAGUGAUCCAGGAGAAGUAAUUAGUUACUGAAUUUGAUUCAGUCUGAUAGUGGGUUGUCUGUCCCAGAACUCAGGACAUUUUUUUUUCUUCAUUUAUCCAUGCUACAUGACUCAGAUUUAAUUCCCACAAUGUCUAGAAAUUGGAAUAUUUGGGGUAGUAUGUUAAAUAUCGCAUUGCAAAAUCUUUACUUUUAUUCUGAGAAUCUGUAUAUAUAGAAUGCCCUUAUUUAAGUUCAGUAUGUGGAUGAAGAAUUCAAAUUUUUCCAAUAUUGGUAUAGUUUGGUUGUGCUACCUAACAUAGCGAUGUUUUGACAGUUUGUGAAAUGUGAGGUUAGGCUUAGAAUUCAGAGCCAGUGAGGAUGUUAAUUUCAUAAAAUGGUUUAUUGGCUAUAAUGUAAUGGUAGCUGGAAGCUAGUACUGUUAAUUGUCAGAAAUACGUAAACUUUUUUAUUUUUUCUAUUGCUUCAGUUCAUCAUUAAUGAUACUACAGAUACAUGCAUAGGAAUGGAAAUUAAAAUAAUUGUAAAUGGGGAAGUCAAUAUACACUUUUAAUUUUGUCUGUUAGUCGUUGAGUCAUGGUACAAGGCUCUCUGUGCGAAGUUAUGCACAGUGUGAUGAUAAAGGAUGGUGCUAUGAAGCAUCAAGUGCAGUUUUGUGCUUAUUGAAACAUCUGUAUGUGAAUUUUGUACACAAUGGAAACUGAUAACAGUUGAGUCAAAAGAAAUACAUUAACAGCACAUGAUAUUUUU